AUGCCCGGUUCACCUAGCAAGCUCUCCAGAGUCGACCAAGAGAGAUGGCUUGACCAACAAUGGGGCGGCAAGUCUUGGCUCCUCGACGACGUCCGCAGCGCGCAUCAAAACCCCCCCAAGCAGAACGAACUCAGUGCUGGUGCACUCGACUCCCUGAUCAAGAUCACCAAGUUGGCCCAAGAAAACGGCAUCGCGCUGACAUCCCUGUGGAGUCAGGUGCCACCCUACAAUGUCCUUUGGAUCGGUGUUCGCCAGCAUCCUAGAGAUUCUCUCCGACUGACUAGCGAGGUCGCGAAAGCUGCUCUCAGUAGUCUCAAAGCGAUCGUACAUUCUCAAAGUGCUCAAGAGGCUGGCGGCCCAUCAGAGGUAAUCAUUGUGGAGUCCCGAGAGACUGAGCCUGGUGCCUGUAUGUACGGCGGAAGUGACGACAUUGAAAGCGACAGCAGCGAUGAUGGGGAUAUUGAGUCCGUCCUCAUGGUCACACGAAGCCCAAGCGUCAUCUUGGGAGGCUGCCCCGGAUCGCCAGUCAAGUCGCCAGUCAAAUCACCAGUCAAAUCACCAGCCAAAUCGCCAGUCAAGGUCGUGGGCAACAGCGACAAGAAGACCAUUCCGAUCUCCGUUUACACUUACCAGGGUCCCCAAGACCAGAAACCUGCUGUUUCGAAUGCCGGCUCUCUACCUCUGCCCACACAAAUGAACACUUCUCGUCAUUUCACCCAAACACAAGCUGCCACUUCAUCUAAGCGCAAAAGAGAGAAAGAAUCCAUUACAACAACCCCACAGCGAUAUUCGAAGCGUGCCGAAACUUCUAAGGGAGAAGAGGAGGUGGUUAACCAAGCCACCACCAUUUAUAAGCAGCUCACCAGCAAUAUGAAACUCAUGGAUGGAACGCUUCAAUUCCUUACAAAAGCUCUCGUUUCCUGGCUACCAUUGGAACAGGGAAAGGUCAAGGUCCUCGACCCUCUCUGGUUCAAAGUUGACGGCACAACUGCUUGCUACAACGUCAAGCUCGACGGGUAUACCAUCCUUUGCUUCCCUAUCCAUCACCUCAAGCCUAAGCACUGGACCUUGGCUAUUGUCGACAUUGAUCAUGAUGAGAAAUCCAUGAUACUCAAUCACCACGACUCAACCCCUAGCGAAGAGCGUUUCAAUUCCGUUUGCGACGGCUUCCAGAAAUGGAAUGAGACCGCCGGACACAAGUUUGAGCUGCGGUUCAACAAUGUCGCCCCCUGCACUCCACAGCGGGAUAAAAUCAGCUGUGGAAUUCACGUCCUCUCCUGUCUGCGACACGCCCUGACAAACAGACACUGCCCCCAAUCGCUCAACCCGUAUGCUGAGCGCAGAUUCUUCAUCCGAAAGAUCAAGGAGUCUAAUUCUUACGAAGGCGAUUAUCCCCUACAGGAAGUCAAGAAGAUGUUCCAAAAGCAGGAACAAGGAAUGCUAGUGGAAUCGGUUCGAAAACGGACGGCUGAGUCCCUCGAAUCAGAUAGACAUCUUGCGGCUAUUGCCGUAGACCGCGCCGGCGAUGCACUAACAAAUGCUCAGGCCACGCUGAGCCGGCUUCGAAUCGAGCAGGAUACUUUGGCUGAAGCACUCACUCGCCUCGAUGCUGCUGUUGAGAUUAAAUCGGAGCCCACUCGCCAUUUGAACCUCGAGCCCUUGGACCGAGGUGAUAGCCAAGAAGACCUCUCUGCCCAACUGAGUCGAUACAGCAAAACGCUGAUGGAUCAGAGCUUCGCCAACGGGUCUGAGGUAGGCAGAAAGAUCAUCCACGAACAUUAUGAGGAGAUCGUCGAAAAGCUGAAGCAAGCUGAAAAGGAUGUUGCCCAGAAACAAGAGGAACUUGAUGAGGCGAAAAAGGCCCGGGAUAUCAAGACUCAGACCUGCGAACUGAAAGAGAACAUGGACAACAUUUUGAAACAUAAUGGGUCCUCUCUUUGGAACAAUUGGUUUUGA